AUGCUCCUCCGUGUGUAUAAGAUGCUCCGGACAACUAUCGGUCUACCGUCUGUCGACCGCAAGGUGUUUCCCUUUCGACAACGCUCGGUCGACACCAACGCACUCCUUAAGCUUGCCUUCACGGUCUUUUCGACAGAUCCGCGCAUCACGUACUCCCCGGCUUCGUCCUGGGACCUCCUCAGGGAACCAGGCUCGACUGGCCCCGGGUCAUACUUUCUUCUCGGACCUCGCAACAAUGGCGUUGUAACGUUCACGUUCCCUCAGCCAUCCACGACUUUCCAAUGGUGGGGGUGGGGGUAUCAGAGGUCCGAUGGAGACGUGGCUCAAAUAUGUAUUGAUGGCGGUGCAUGCCAGGAGUACUCGUACUACAACGCCUCUACUAACGGCUCUGAAAACCCUCGCCUGCUCGCGAACAUUGAUGGGCUGUCGAACAGCAUCCACAUGAUUGUAAUGACAAACAUUGAAGAUCAAUCGGUGAACGCGUUCGGCCAGAUGACAGUUGAUCGGUUCAUCUUGGACAAUUACGAGCCCUCCGGGGGUCGCUACAUCGUCUUCUCGACAGAUUCAGAAGUCAUUCACUCACCGUCAUCGUCUUGGUCUGUCUUGGAUGAGCCAGGCUCUGCUGGCUGUGGUACCCAAUUUCUUCUUGGUGCUCGUAACAAUGGAGUUGUCAAAGUCACAUUCCCCUGUUCGUUUUUCAUCUCAUCCUCCUGUUUCAUAUUUACAUUUUGGCUCAGAUCCGUCCACAGCGCUGCAAUGGUGGGGGUUCCAACGUUCCGAUGGCGGCUUGGCACAGCUGUCGAUCGAUUUGUCCUCGGCGGCAGCAUUCUCGCUCCCACGUUUCCGUCCAAUACCUUCAUCUCAUCGGUACCUCUUGGUUUUGCCUAUCAUGCGCCGAUGAUUCUGGGCGGCAACACGCCUGCACUGGAGGUGCUCCUCGAUUUUGGUCACCCGAACGUCUGGGUCAUAUCAGACCUGUGCAACUCGAACAACUGCGCUGGACAUAAUAAAUACGUCCGUGGGCCUGGAUUCCAAACUCUCAGCAUCCAGGACACAGCCAUCUAUGGCAACGGCGGGCCGGACGAUACUCUAGUUUCAUGGCGGGUGACUGAUAGCGUGACCUGGGGUGAUAACACAAUCGCGAAGACGACCUUUGGUGCCUCCGUCGAAAUCCCAACAAGUGAGAGUCUCGAUGGAAACUUCGGCAUGGCCAAGUCCGCAUACGCCAAAUGUAAUGGUGGUGAAUACAACAACUUCUUAGAGAACAUGUACAUGCAAGGAGACGUCGUCAACGCUGUCAUUGCAUUCUACCAACUAGACGGCUCAGAGGGAGUUCCACCUGGUGUCUCAUCGGAAGGGUCAAUUGGUGGCCUCGAUGCAAAUAAGUUCACGGGCGAGGUCGACUGGAAUCAGAUGAAUCCACAAGGACAAUGGGAAAGUCCCGCAUGCCAACGUAUCGUUCAAGCAUCUUCAUUUUCCAGUGCGAUUGAUGCGACCGAUCUAUUCAAUCAUCCCAUCCUCCUAUUCGACACCGGCGAUCCGGGCCUCCUCACCCUUCCCCACGAUGACUGGCUCAUACUCAUGUCCCUGCUCGGUGCGCAAGGCCCCGAUAGUAAUGGGAACUACCUGAUCCCCUGCGAGUCGACUAUGACGUGGAAUUUCUACGGUUCACAGAACCGCGACUACACGUUUGAUCUCGCCGACACGUCAAGCAACAACGGGAACGGCUUCUGCAACCCAUUGGCGAAUGACGGAGGAUCUAUACCUACCUGGGUCACCGGAACGCCAUGCUUCUACAAGUACUAUCUGGCUUUCCACUACACCGCGAACAUGAUGGGCUUUGCAGAGCGCAAUUUGGGCGCGAGUGCGGCGGAAAGCAAUCCAUACAUUAGUUAA